AACACAACGAAGGAGAAGCAGGAGGGGAAAGAAAACGUAGAAGAAGACGACAGACGCGCUACAGAAUAGCUUGGCAGGUUACGUCGAGGAAAUUGUCAGAGUUGUUUCCUCAUCACACCGCCACCUUUCAGCCCCCCCCCUUCACCAGCAGCUGCAGGAUUGUUGGGGUUUUAGAUCUCUUCGUGACCUGCCAACAUGCCAGCCGCACUUACAGAUUCCAGUCAGAUAAUCUGUGAAGUCUGGGCGAGCAAUGUGGAGGAAGAAAUGAGGAAGAUCCGGCAGAUUAUUCAAAGCUACAAUUACAUCGCCAUGGACACAGAAUUCCCCGGGGUAGUUGUCCGACCUAUCGGUGAGUUUCGCAGCACAGUGGACUACCAGUACCAGCUGCUGAGGUGCAACGUCGACCUCCUGAAGAUCAUCCAGCUCGGCCUCACGUUCAUGAACGAGGACGGAGAUUAUCCCCCCGGCACGACGACGUGGCAGUUCAACUUCAAGUUCAACCUCACAGAAGACAUGUACUCACAGGACUCCAUAGACCUUCUCCAGAACUCCGGCCUCCAGUUUAAAAAACACGAAGAAGAGGGAAUCGAUACGCUCUACUUCGCCGAGCUUCUCAUGACGUCCGGUCUGGUGCUGUGUGAAAACGUCAAGUGGCUCUCCUUCCACAGCGGCUACGACUUCGGCUACCUGGUGAAGCUCCUGACAGACGCGCGGCUUCCCGAGGAAGAACACGACUUUUUCCAGAUCCUCAACUUGUUCUUCCCCGCCAUCUACGACGUUAAAUACUUAAUGAAGAGCUGCAAGAACCUAAAGGGAGGGCUGCAGGAAGUGGCCGACCAGUUGGAGCUGAAGAGGAUCGGGAGACAGCAUCAGGCGGGAUCGGACUCGCUGCUCACCGGCAUGGCUUUCUUCAGGAUGAAAGAGCUUUUCUUUGAAGACAACAUAGACGACGCAAAGUAUUGUGGGAGACUGUACGGCCUGGGCUCGGGCUCCAGCCAACCCCAGAACGGCCUCUCCAGCUCGGGCCAGGAGGAGACGAACAACAAGCACUGACCGAGCGGUCGACUCUCUCAAGUGGAAUACGCACUUGUUUUUAAAACCCCAACCAGCAGAUUUCCCCCUUCGAUUUCCCCCCCUCCGCCCCUCCCUCCUCCCACCUUCCUCCCCCCCCUUUUCAACCUUUAAUCCCUGAACAAGACGACUAAAUCUUAUUUCUUUAAAAUUUCCCUCCUGAGUGACUGUAAAAAAAAAAAAAAAAAAACGGGACUCGCAGCGACAGUGGAUCCUUCACUGGCUCGCUCACUUUCACACUCUCACCACCAGACCGGACGUUUCUUUUUAGUCGCUUUUACUGAGUAUAUGGCCAUAUAUUCAGAACACUUUUUAAAAUCUUUGUUGUUGUUGUUUUUUUUUUUUUACAGCAUUAGCAACACCCUUCUUUAACAGCAUGGGACCAGCUCCUGUAUCAUACUGUGAUUUCAGACCAAACUAUUGACAAUAAUCAGAUUCUUCAGUUCAGACUAUUCUCACCAGCGGGACUUUGCCUCUUGUAGCAGGGAUUUCUUUUUUUUUUUUUUUUUUUUUUUAAGUUAAUGCUGGAAGGGCCUGUAAAUUAAAAAUGUAUAAUUUUGAUGAAAAUAAAAAUGUUUUAGCUUUUUUCAACACAAGAAACUUUUAACAGUGGGCGUCAAAGUGUAUAACUGUGCCUGGUUAUGCAUGUGUUUCAAUGGGCAAACUACUGUUGUUCUGUACAUUCACCGAACCGAACUGUCCCACCGUCAGGUUUACAGAUGUUGUGGUUACACUUGUUUUUACAUUAUACAUUGUUUUAAACAGUUGUAUAUUAAAUUGUUUUGUAUUUUGAAUGUAAAAGUA